AUGCAUUCUGGUGGCAAAGCCGUUUACUUGAAUACAGGCAUUUGGUCCUCAAAAGCUGCCAAAGAAGCCUCCAAGUAUGGUCACAUAGUUGAAAUCAAACCCAGUCUCCAAGCAUCAUCAGAAAUUAAAUGGGAUCUGGAUCCAGAUGUGUCAUACUUCUACUAUUGCUCUAAUGAAACUGUACAAGGGGUAGAAUUGCCUUGUAUUCCUGAUACACAUGGAAUCCCCUUAGUAGCUGAUAUGUCAUCCAACAUCCUUACCAAAGAUUUUGACAUAACCAAGUUUUCCCUCGUAUUUGCCGGGGCUCAGAAAAAUAUCGGUCCAGCUGGUGUGACUUUAGUGAUUGUCCGUAGUGAUCUCUUGGGAAAACCCUCACCUUUCUGCCCAACAAUACUCAAUUACACUGUGAUGGCUCAAGAAAACUCACUGCACAACACACCCCCAUGUUUCAGUCUUUAUGUUAUGGCAUUGGUUUUCAAAUGGAUCACGCAACAAGGAGGUGUAAAAGUUAUGGAGCAACGCUCAGCUUUAAAAAGUCAAAUGAUAUACGAAGUUGUUGACAAUUCAAAUGGCUUCUAUAGCUGCCCAGUUCCAGCUUCUGUUCGCAGUCGGGUCACCAUUCCAUUCCGUAUUCAACAGGGCAACGAAGAGCUUGAAAAAGAAUUUGUCGAUCAAGCCAAAAAACUAAAUAUGAUUCAACUUAAGGGCCAUCGAUCUGUCGGUGGGAUACGGGCGUCGCUAUAUAAUGCCGUGACUGUUGAAGAAGUCUCUAUGUUAGUUGAUUUCAUGAAAGAUUUUAUGAAAUCAAAAUUGCAAUAG